UCGACGUCACGCGACGUCACCAGGAAGUCCAGGGAAAACCGAGAGUGGGCAUCAUGGCAGAACACACAGGCGCACGUGAGUUUGAGUGUGAUGGAGCAUCCGACGACGACAUGCCGGAGCUCUCAGACGGCGAUGAUGACGUUGACAACGAUGAAGGGCAGUGGCUGGAGGAGGAAGAGGAGGACAGUCCGCCGGCGAUGGUCACGUGUCUGUUCUGUGAAAGGUUGCUGACCUCGGUGCCGGCCGUCCUGCAGCACUGCACGGAGGAGCACCGGAUCAACCUCGUGGACGUGAUAAGAAGACACAAUUUAGACGACUACAGUUACAUAAAGAUGAUCAACUUCAUACGAUCAACAAAAUGCGCUGCAUCCUUUCUGGCGGGACUGCCGGACGCUCCGUUGCCGUGGGAGAGCGAAGACUUCCUGCGACCGGUCCUGCAGGACGACCCCCUGCUGCAGACCGACCCCGAGGAGCUCUGUGAGGACUCAAGCCUGUCGACGGGCCCCUCCUCUGGGCCCGAGUGCCAUGAUGCACUGCAGCGGAGGGCCCAGGCCGCUGAGGAGAGAGCCCGCAGUUCGGAGGAGGCGCUGACCAGAGCCAUGGACGACCUGCACAAACUCAAGCUUCUGGCCCAGGGCCUGGUUCUGAACGCCGGGACGGGCCAAUCCGGCAACCUGGGCUCGGUGGCCGAGCUCCGAGAGGACGAGGACGAGGCCUACUUUGGCUCCUACGGCCACUACGGCAUCCACGAGGAGAUGCUGAAGGAUAAAGUGCGUACGGAGAGCUACCGCGACUUCAUGUACCGCAACCCCGACGCGUUCAGAGACAAGGUGGUGCUCGAUGUGGGCUGUGGGACCGGCAUACUGUCCAUGUUUGCAGCCAGAGCCGGGGCCAAGCACGUCAUCGCAGUCGACCAAUCGGAAAUCAUCUACCAGGCCAUGGACAUAGUCAGGUCCAACCAGUUGGAGGACAAGAUCACUCUGAUCAAAGGCCGCAUAGAAGACAUCAAGCUCCCGGUGCAGACGGUGGACAUCAUCAUCUCGGAGUGGAUGGGGUACUUCUUGCUGUUUGAGUCCAUGUUGGACUCGGUGCUGUACGCCAGGGACCUCUACCUGGCGGACGGCGGCUCAGUCUACCCGGACCUAUGCAACAUCAGCCUGGCUGCAGUGGGAGACGCGUCGAAGCACCGCGAGCACAUUGCAUUCUGGGACGACGUGUACGGAUUCAACAUGGGGUGCAUGAAGAAGGCUGUGGUGCCGGAGGCCGUGGUGGAGGUGGUGAAAGAUGACACGCUUAUCUCCGAGCCUGCAGUCAUACAGACGUUCGACUGUAACCGAGUUUGCUUGUCUGACCUGGAGUUUGCGUCCGAAUUCUGCCUGAAGAUCACAACCACCACAGAAUGCACAGCAAUUGUCGGCUACUUUGACAUUUUCUUCGAAAAAGGCUGCGGCAACAAGGUGAUGUUCUCCACGGGUCCUCAGGUCACAAAGACGCACUGGAAACAGACUGUGUUCCUCCUGGAGAGCCCCGUGUCUGUGCAAGCAGGGGAGGAGCUGCGGGGAAAGAUCAUCGUGCGUAAAAACAAGAAGGACCCUCGCUCGCUGUGGGUCACCUUUGACCUCGGGGACAGGAAGAAGACCUACAGCCUGCAAUAACGUCCGCUGUGGCAAAACAUCCGGCAAAGACGGAGAGCCCACUUUUUAUUGACCCGUCAUGGUUUCUCAUGCAGGGUUUUGAUGUUUGGAAUGUUAGUAUUGUUUUCGGUGCAUUGUAAUAAUAAAAAAGACGUAACGUAAAAUAUUUUCCCCUCGUGAGUGUGUUU